CAAGAGCUCCAAAGAGAAGUCGAGGAAGAGAGAGAGACCGGGUCAGAGAGCGCGCGCGGGCAAGCAAGAAACGAGAGGGACAGGGGCAAAGUGAGUGACCUGCUUUUGGGGGUGACCGCCAGAGCGCAGCGUGAGCCCUCCCCCUCGGGAUCCCGCGUCGGACCAGCAGCGCUGACGGACAGACAGACAGACACCGCCCCCCGCCCCAGCGCCCACCUCCUACCCGGCCGGCGGCCGACCGUGGACGCGGCGGCGAGCCGCGGGCAGGAGCCGGAGCUCGCGCCCGGAGGCGGGGUGGAGGGGGUCGGGGCUCGCGGCGUUGCACUGAAACUUUUCGUCCAACUUCUGGGCUGUUCUCGCUCCGGAGGAGCCGUGGUCCGCGCCGGGGCAGCCGAGCCGAGCGGAACCGGGAGAAGUGCUAGCUCGGGCCGGGAGGAGCCGCAGUCGGAGGAGGGGGAGGAGGAAGAAGAGAAGGAAGAGGAGAGGGGGCCGCGGUGGCGACUCGGCUCUCGGAAGCCGGGCUCAUGGACGGGUGAGGCGGCUGUGUGCGCAGACAGUGCUCCAGCCGAGCGCGCGCCCCAGGCCCUGGCCCGGGCCUCGGCUCCGGGAGGAAGAGGAGCCCGCCUGGGCGCUGAGGAGAGCGGGCCGUCCCGCAGCCCGAGCCGGAGAGGGAGCGCGAGCGGCGCCGGCCCCGGCCGGGCUUCCGAAACCAUGAACUUUCUGCUCUCUUGGGUGCAUUGGAGCCUUGCCUUGCUGCUCUACCUCCACCAUGCCAAGUGGUCCCAGGCUGCACCCAUGGCAGAAGGAGACCAGAAACCCCACGAAGUGGUGAAGUUCAUGGACGUCUACCAGCGCAGCUACUGCCGUCCAAUCGAGACCCUGGUGGACAUCUUCCAGGAGUACCCCGAUGAGAUCGAGUACAUCUUCAAGCCGUCCUGUGUGCCCCUGAUGCGGUGCGGGGGCUGCUGCAACGACGAAGGUCUGGAGUGUGUGCCCACUGAGGAGUUCAACAUCACCAUGCAGAUUAUGCGGAUCAAACCUCACCAAGGCCAGCACAUAGGAGAGAUGAGCUUCCUACAGCACAACAAAUGUGAAUGCAGACCAAAGAAAGAUAGAGCGAGGCAAGAAAAAUGUGACAAGCCGAGGCGGUGAGCCAGGCUGGAGGAAGGAGCCUCCCUCAGCGUUUUGGGCACCAGACGUCUCACCAGGAAAGACUGACACAGAACGACCCGUAGCCGCCGCCACCACCACACCACCGCCAUCGACAGAACAAUCCUGAAUCCAGAAACCUGACGUGAAGGAAGAGGAGGCUGAGCGCAGAGCACUUUGGGUCCGGAGCGCGCGACUCCGGCAGAGGCAUUCCCGGGCCGGUGACCCAGCACGGCCCCUCUUGGGAUUGGAUGGCCGUUUUUGUUUCUCUUGCUGCUAAAUCACCGAGCCCGGAAGAUUAGAGAGUUUUAUUUCUGGGGUUCCUAUAGACACACCCACCCACAUACAUACAUUAUAUAUAUAUAUAUAUAUUAUAUAUAUAAAAAUAAAUAUAUAUAUUUUAUAUAUAUAUAAAAUAUAUAUAUUCUUUUUUUAAAUUAACAUUGCUAAUGUUAUUGGUGUCUUCACUGGAUGUAUUUGACUGCUGUGGACUUGAGCUGGGAGGAGAACGUCCCUACCCAGAUCCCGACAGGGAAGAGGAUGGACCGAGAGACUCCGGCGCCGUCUUUUUGUCCCUCUUAGGGAAGCCGGGGUCCCCUCCCCUGCCUGGGAAUGCGCAAGGCCAGGGCAUGGGGGCACAUUUGGCCUGCUUCUGGGAACACCGACAAACCCAGCCCUGGCCCCGAGCCUCUACCCUGAGUCAAACGGAUGGAAAGACAGACGACAGGGACAGGGGUGAGGACGCUGGCUCCGACCAGGAGUUCGGGGGAGCCUCGGGACACUGCUGUGCUUUGGGGACCCCCUCCGCGUGCUGCACCGGCAUCUUGCCCCCAGGGGCACUGCCUGGAUGAUUUGGGAGCCCGGGUGGCCUUCACCCCCUCUCCCCUGCUCCCGAGAUGCCCGGGGGCCACUGACACGUGGCGGAGACGCGAACAGAGAUGGUGGUGGAGGAAGGGCCGCCCGGUGCCGGCUCGUCCUUUUCGGGAGGGGCCUUCUGCCUUAGCCCUCUCCCAGCUUCGCUUCCUGGGUGCAGCCCAGGAGGGCCCCAUGUCCUCAGACCAUUGAAACCACUAGUUCUCUCCCCCCCCAGGAAACCUGGCUGUGUGUGUGUGAGUGGUUAACCCACCCCUGUCCCCGACCCUUCCCGCGGCGUAGAGAGACAGGGCUGGGUCCCCGUGCCCACCCUGGAGGCAGAGGAAAGAGAAGUGUUUUAUAUGCGAUACUUAUUUAAUAUCCCUUUUUAAUUAGAAAUUAAAACAGUUAAUUUAAUUAAAGAGUAGGGUUUUUUUCAGUAUUCUUGGUUAAUAUUUAAUUUCAACUAUUUAUGAGAUAUAUCUGUCUUGCUCUCUCUUACUUGUACUGGUCUUUGUGUAUAAAUUCCUGUUUCUAAUCUCUCUCUCUCUGAUCGGUGACAGUCACUAGCUGGUCCUGAACAGAUAUUUAAUUUUGCUAACACUCAACUCUGCCCUCCCCUUUCCCCUGGCUCCCCGCCACACAUUCCUUUGAAAUAAGGUUUCAAUAUACAUCUACAUACUAUAUAUAUAUUUGGCAACUUGUGUUUGUGUAUAUAUAUAUAUAUAUAUAUAUAUAUAUGUUUAUGUAUAUAUGUGAUUCUGAUAAAAUAGACAUUGCUAUUCUGUUUUUUAUAUGUAAAGACAAAACCAGAAAAAAUAGAGAAUUCUACAUACUAAAUCUCUCUCCUUUUUUAAUUUUAAUAUUUGUUAUCAUUUAUUUAUUGGUGCUACUGUUUAUCCGUAAUAAUUGUGGGGGAAAAAGAUAUUAACAUCACAUCUUUGUCUCUAGUGCAGUUUUUCGAGAUAUUCCGUAGUACAUAUUUAUUUUUAAACAACAACAAAGAAAUACAGCUAUAUCUUAAAAAAAAAAGCAUUUUGUAUUAAAGAAUUUAAUUCUGAUCUCAAA